AUUGCGCAAGCUUCGAACUUUUUUAUAGCACCAGAACGAAAUCUUAGGUAAUCGAGGUGAAAACCUUUGCUGCAGAAGACCUGCUACGGUAAAGUAAUGGAAUCAUCGGCUGAAAAUACAGAUUCUAAGAUGUCAAAAGCGACCAAGCGUCCCGCAAGCAAGGUGGAAGACGACGAUUACGUGAAAAAGCGAGAAAGAAACAACAUCGCUGUAAGGAAAAGUCGUAUGAAAGCUAAGGAGCGGAUCGAGGAAACAAGGCGAAGAGUUGCGGAUUUAGCGAAAGAGAACGAAGAAUUACGGAACAAGGUUUCUUUGCUACAAAAAGAAUUGAACGUUUUAAGAUCGCUCUUCGCUAACGGAGGAAUCACAGUACCAUCAGAAAUUAAUGUUCAAUUUACGAACUCGAACACUGAAAAUCAAGCAGUUCUAUUGACGGCUGUCACGACAUCUUUGGCAAACGGAGCGCUGCAAGAAAAUCACUGUUCUGGAAGUGACGCCUUGGAAAACGGAAUAACUACGCACGGCAUUAAGAAAGAAUCAUAGCAUUCCGUGGACGAAAUUUAUAAGCAGUGUUUAUAUUAGUCUAGAAUUUAUGGUUGGAUCGGUCAGAUAUCCACAUUUAGAAAAUUACAAACUUGUGCAUAUUUUAAAAAGGGGGACUCCCGAGCCGAGCAUCUAUAGCAAACAAAGCCAAGAAGUUGACAAAUUCAGAUCAAGACGAGUUAUGUCAAGAACCUUUGGCUUUGAACUGUAGUCGGUGCGAACACUGUUGGAACUUCUACAAGAUCAAGAAACGACUUUUUAUCUUGACAGUUACGAUCAGUUCCUGUACCAUGUCCAUACUUUGUGUGAUCAUGAAGUUGCGGAUAAUUUGUUUUGCAUCUGUGAUCUUUUAUUUAUGGUUAAACGAGUGAAGUUAUGAAGUUAGGUUCUGUUGUAGUUUUCAUUCAUGUAAGGGUUAAAGUUAUGUUAUCAAAACGUUUGUAUAGGUCAUCUAAGUUUGCAUUUCAUAGAAAUGUGAAUUAUACUCUAAAGACUGAUUUAAGCUUAUAGUUAGUUGAGUUGUUCACCACUUCAUAAAAUUUAAGAAUAAGGACAAAUUAUAUUUCUUAGGACGUACAUCAUACCUAAUUUUUUAGACUGAGGCUUUUUUAAGUUGUAUGCUGCAAGUUGAUUUGUGUUCAUAAUUAUGCAAGCUCUGUGAUGAAUCUCACAAUAGCCGCUGCUAACUUGAGUGCAUAAACAUUAAAAAUAUAAUGAAAAAUAAUAAUAUAUGAUACCAAGAUUUAUUGCAUUGAUUAUUUUUUUUUAAAAAAAACAAGCAGUUCUUGUCUGAGAUUAAAUGCAUUGAAAGUUCCA